UCCUCAGUCCAGGAAAACGAGCUAGAUUCUACUUUCAUUAUGAGCUAAACAAGCCGACAUUGCACCGUUUUAUCAAGGCCUAGGCUAAUCAUAUUAGUUCCCACCUUCUGUAGAUCUAAACUGUGACCACUGGGUUAGUUUAUGUCAAUAUUGGAAAACUCAUGCCAAUCAAAGAGUGAGAGCAGUAGACUCUAGCCUUCCAAGAUUUCCACGAGAAACACUGUUGAAUUUAGCACCCGCGGCUCUACAUUCCACUCAUUGUGAUUAGACUAAUAGAAUCUAGAGUAGUCUUCAUUAGAUCUACACUGCAUGAAUGGGUUUCUACCAUUUCAAGUGAGACUGAGGAGGGACCCUGAGGAGACUCAGUUCGGUGAGAGAAUUGAGUUUGUUGGAAAGCAAUUGAAUCAGCAACAUUACAAUGGCUGCAAAAUCCUUUUAUGAUCUGACUAAGGACGCUGCUCUCAGUGCUAAAAGUCUGUUCAAGUAUCGUGUGAAGAGAGACAACACAGUUCCAUCCAAAGGAGGCCAAAAGAACUUCGAACCUGAUGGAACCUGGAUGGAGUCGAAAGCCUUGGAGGCUUUUCUGCAAGAGAGGACUUCAGUGCUUGGUGAACCUCGAGUUGAGAAAUUAAAGAACCUGGUGCAUGGUGUUUGGGAUGAUAGUAAAAAUCUUGUCAAUGUGGAUAAACCGGGAAAGUUCUGGAGUCACAUGGGGUUCACAGACAAGAGAAGAAAUUGGCUCUACCCAGAAGAAGCUCUUUUUCUGAUGGAAAUUAAUGCCCUAGAAGUAUCCCAGAAUGGAAUCCCCAUGAGUAUCCAAGAAGCCUAUGACCUUUUCCUCGACGAUGAGAUGGGUCUGACCGAAUACCAGGUGUUUUCUCACUUGCGUCGUCUUGGUUACGUGGUAGUUCGUCAUGAGGAGCAGCCACUAGUCACAGACUAUGAGAGGCAGAUCAAUUUGGAUAAAUACCUGGACAAACGGACGCUGAAGGCGAGGAAAAAGAAAGGUGGCCGCCCCCAGCCAGACAAGCCAGGCCCAAGUGGUGUGUGUGACCCACAGAUUUCCUCCUCACAGGAGCGGCUGGAUGAGGCAGAAGAAAGUUUUGAUAAGAGUGGACACAGUGAAAAUUCUGCUGCUGUUGUGAAGGAUGAUUCUGUUGAGAGUGUGGGACAGAGUGGAGAAACUAUGGCUAAUAACUCAGCCAAGCAGAUAGCGGAAGGGCAGAAGCGUCUGAGAUCAGAGAGUGAGGAGCUAGAAUCAGGUCAAGCAGAUGGGGUCAGUGAUGCUAAAAAGUUGCGUUCUGAUGACCCAGAUGUAUCUGAUGUCUCAAGCAGUAAGGGGGAUGGUGAUAAAACUUUAAGUGAAAACAGUCAAGGGUCCAGCUCACCUAGUGGUUCAGUUAGAGAGUUCUAUUCUGAGGCUUGGUUGGACUGUUUUAAGCAGAAGUCACGGACAGAUGGGACAGGCGAGGAAAUUCAGGACAAUAAGAAGACCUGUCUGGAGCAGACGUCUUUUCAGGACAACUCUGUGAAGUUCCCAGAUUUGGCAGGCAAACGGGUUUUGUCCCUGGUGCUGCCAGAGAAAAAAUUGUUGCCAGAUAACAUUCAUAUCAGUGAAGACACUGAUGACAUGCUGUUCUUUGAUGUGGACGACUACAGACUAAAGAACCCAGUGGAGCCGUUAGCCAGACAAGCCCAGCAUGAAGAAGAUAGAGAAAGACGCUUAGGGGCUCUGUCUUUUUCUUUUGCGGAAUGGACACAAAGGAGACCAGUGGUCAAAUCUCACAGCUGGGCAGAUCACCGAAGGAAAAUUGCAGAUCGAAUGAAGGAAUUAUCAAACAGCACCCCUGUCAGCCACUUAUGGCAGGGGGAUAUCACCCCUCUUGUUAACCCUUGUGAUGCCUGGAGUUCGGAGUCCAUCCUAGAGAAACUUAACAUUGUUAAACCUGCCGAUGACAAAGAACUCAAAGUGAGCGAUGAUGUCAUUGAGCAUUCUCACCUGAGCUUUGAUGUUCACUUGCCGGACAGCAGAUUCAAGAAGAGCAUGCCAGGCAGACCAGACCAUCGAGUUCUUGUGUCAAAGUCACGGAACAGCCGGCCCCCUGAACUAUGCCAGCUCCAAAUCUUGAGUCAGGCAGAUGGGGUUGCAGUCCAUUGGGCUGUGGUGGACUGUGGGGAGAUUGCUUUCUAUGUGUUCGACACAAAGCGUACUCUGGGUUUACUGACGUAGUGCUGUUUGAAAAAGGGUAGAUUAAAGAAAGCUCCUGUGUUUGAUGAUAAGUACAGGGUGUCUAAAAAAAACCCAACCCACCUAAAGGGCAAUAACUCCAUCGUCUUUGUACUAAUUUCAACCAAACUUCAAACAAAUAAAAUUCAACCGUGAGGAUAUCGAGUUUGUAAAUAUGAAGAAAAUCAAUCUACAUGUUCGAGAAAUAUCACAGUUUAAAAAUUUCAACCAGAUUUGGGUAAGAUGCAAAAUUUUACUUCUUAACCAUGUUCAGCU